AUUCCUACAGAUUUUACAUCUGGCGCUGAACUUUGGUUGGAUGAGUACGAGGAUGACACCAUUGAGCAGCAACUUGAGGAAAUUUUCGAUGAAUUGCGACCACUGUAUCAGCAAGUGCAUGGUUAUGUACGUCAUCGUUUGCGUCAGUUUUAUGGCAAUGACGUUGUGUCUGAGAAGGGCCCCAUUCCGAUGCAUUUGCUGGGCAACAUGUGGGCACAACAGUGGUCGAGCAUUGCCGACAUUAUUUCACCCUUCCCAGACAAGCCGCUCAUUGAUGUCACCGAUGAGAUGGUUGCACAAGGCUACACGCCAUUGAAAAUGUUUCAAAUGGGCGACGAUUUCUUCCAAUCGUUGAACUUGACUAAGGUUCCACAAGAUUUCUGGGAUAAGAGUAUCUUGGUGAAGCCUGACGAUGGUCGUGAUUUGAUUUGCCAUGCUAGUGCUUGGGACUUCUAUUUGGUAGAUGAUGUGCGCAUCAAGCAAUGCACACGUGUGACUAUGAACCAACUCUUUACGGCGCAUCACGAAUUGGGACACAUCCAAUACUACUUGCAAUACCAGCAUUUGCCCUUCGUGUAUCGCACUGGCGCUAAUCCUGGCUUCCACGAGGCUGUCGGGGAUGUGCUCUCGCUCUCGGUAUCUACACCAAAACAUUUGGAAUCAAUUGGUCUCCUGAAGAACUAUGAACGCGAUGAAGAGGCACUCAUUAAACAAUUGUUCUUGACUGCACUGGAUAAGAUCGUCUUUCUGCCCUUCGCAUUCACCAUGGAUAAAUAUCGUUGGGCAUUGUUCCGUGGUGAAGUGGACAAAAAGGAUUGGAACUGCGCCUUCUGGAAGCUGCGCGAAGAGUACUCUGGCAUUGAACCACCAGUAGUGCGCACUGAGAACGAUUUCGAUGCACCAGCAAAAUAUCACGUGUCCGCCGAUGUAGAGUACUUGAGAUAUUUAGUUUCGUACAUCAUUCAAUUCCAAUUCUACAAAUCCGCUUGCAUCAAGGCUGGCCAAUAUGAUCCCACCAAUCCAGAAUUGGCUUUGGAUAACUGCGACAUCUAUGGCAGUUUCGAAGCGGGUCAAGCUUUUAAAAACGUGCUUUCCUUGGGCGCCUCGAAACCAUGGCCUGAUGCACUGGAGGCCUUCAACGGUGAACGUACAAUGAGCGGCAAAGCUAUCGCUGAAUAUUUUGAACCACUACGCAUUUGGCUGGAAGAAGAGAAUCAGAAGAACAAUGUGCACAUUGGCUGGACGACAUCAGACAAAUGUGAUUCUUGAUAAGGUCGGCUCGCUCUGGAAUAACCAAAUGAAAUUAAAUAACUGCAUUUUGGCGUUAAGUUUGGAGUACUUUGAUUUGAAAGAAAUUUGAUUGCUUAAACAAUUU